AUGGACCCAUUUAAGUCCGAAGGAAAUCUAAUUGAUUUGGACCCAUCUACCCCAAGGGUGGCCCAUCAAAAUCCGUACGACGACUCUCCUGAACUGCUCUUUGAUACCAGACACGAGCACAACCAGAACAAUCCGUUUAAUGACGAUUUCAUAAUAUCGGACGAUGAAGACGAUGCAACCGUAAGCCAUCAUGACGACUCAUUUGGGAGACGACAAGUGCCUCUUUUGAGUACAACUAAUAACCCAGAGAGACCAACGGGCCUCUUCAAUGGAGGAAACUUAUUUGGAAACCGCAACAAUGGCGCGGCAUACACGGGAAUGCAACAUGAUACAAACGACGAUCCAUUUGCAGAUCCUGAGCGCCAGCGUGAUUUCGAUAUUCGAAGAAUAUUUGGUCGUAUCAAACUGAAGGUGACCGGUACCCCUGGUGUUGAAACCAUACCAACCGACUCUUCACCUCGUCAAAUCUAUGCAUUAAACCAUUCUGCUAAUGCCCAGUUCAAAUACUAUGGUAAUUAUAUCUCCACCACAAAGUACAACUUUGCAACGUUUCUCCCAAAGUUUCUAUUUGAACAGUUUAGCAAGUACGCCAACUUGUUCUUCUUGUUCACUUCCAUUAUACAACAGGUUCCCAACGUUUCACCAACCAAUAGAUACACGACCAUAGGUACAUUGACAGUUGUGCUUUUAGUCUCGGCGAUCAAAGAAAUUUCCGAGGACCUUAAGCGUGCAAGUGCUGAUCGUGAGUUGAAUAAUACCCGCGUACUAGUCCUCAAUACUGAGACAAGCCAGUUUGUUCUCAAAAAGUGGAUCGACGUUCAAGUUGGAGAUGUUGUCAAGGUGUUGAAUGAAGAACCCUUUCCCGCUGAUUUGCUUCUCCUUUCCUCCUCUGAACCAGAGGGGUUGUGCUACAUCGAAACAGCAAAUUUGGAUGGAGAAACUAAUUUAAAGAUAAAACAAGGUCGCCCAGAAACCCUUUAUCUUGUCGAUCCUCGUGACAUAGUCAACGACUUAUCCCGAUCCGAAAUUUCCUCUGAACAACCUAACUCAUCCUUAUACACGUAUGACGGUGUUCUCAAGAACUUUGGUUCCUCUCCAAACAUCCCACUUUCUCCAGAGCAGCUAUUGUUAAGAGGUGCGACACUUCGAAACACCCAGUGGAUUCAUGGAGUAGUUGUGUUCACCGGACAUGAAACCAAGUUGAUGAGAAACGCAACCGCUACUCCAAUUAAGCGUACAGACGUCGAACGUAUCAUCAAUUUACAAAUUGUUGCACUCUUUUGCAUUUUAAUUGUUCUUGCUUUGAUCUCAUCGAUAGGUAACGUGAUUAAAUCCAGGGUCGACAGAAACACUAUGUGGUACGUGGAGUUGGAAGGUACUAAGCUAGUAACAUUGUUCUUUCAAGAUAUUCUCACAUACUGGAUUUUAUUCUCAAACUUGGUGCCAAUCUCAUUGUUUGUCACCGUGGAGAUUAUCAAAUAUUAUCAAGCAUUUAUGAUUGGCAGUGAUCUCGAUAUGUAUUAUCCUGAUACAGACACUCCAACGGGUGUUCGGACAUCUUCCUUGGUCGAGGAGUUGGGUCAAAUCGAUUACAUUUUCAGCGACAAGACUGGAACUUUAACAAGAAAUGUUAUGGAGUUCAAAGCAUGUACUAUUGGAGGAAGAUGUUAUAUUGAAGAAAUCCCUGAGGAUGGACAGGCUCAAGUAAUUGAUGGCAUUGAAAUCGGCUACCACACUUUCGAUGAAAUGCACGACAGGCUCAGCGAUCUCUCCCUGCGAGACUCAGCAAUCAUCAAUGAAUUCUUUACAUUAUUGAGUACAUGUCAUACUGUCAUACCAGAGAUAACUGACAAUAACGAAAUCAAGUACCAGGCUGCAUCUCCCGAUGAAGGUGCUCUUGUUCAAGGUGCUGCUGAUCUAGGCUACAAAUUCGUUAUUCGUCGUCCAAAAGGUGUCACUGUUCAAAACACCUUGUCAAAUACAACCUCAGAAUACGAACUUUUAAACUUGUGUGAGUUCAACUCAACGAGAAAGAGAAUGUCGGGAAUAUUUAGGUGCCCUGAUGGCAGAAUUCGACUUUUCUGUAAAGGAGCCGAUAACGUGAUUUUGGAAAGAUUAUCCCAGCUGGAAGAACAGCCGUUCGUGGAUGCCACACUCCGUCACCUUGAAGACUUUGCUGCUGAAGGUUUAAGAACUUUGUGUAUCGCAACUCGGAUUGUCCCUGACCAGGAGUACAAGGCAUGGGCUUCAGAAUACUACGAAGCAUCCACUGCGAUGACGGAUAGAAGUGAACGCCUUGACGAGGUCGCAGAAAAGAUAGAGAAAGAUUUGUUUUUGUUGGGGGCCACCGCCAUAGAAGACAAACUUCAGGAAGGCGUACCUGAAACCAUUCAAACUUUACAGACUGCUGGAAUCAAGAUUUGGGUGCUUACAGGUGAUCGACAAGAAACUGCGAUCAAUAUUGGAAUGUCUUGCAAACUUUUGAGUGAAGACAUGAACCUCUUGAUCAUUAAUGAAGUGACUAAACGUGACACGAGGUUAAACUUACAAGAGAAGAUUGCUGCAAUUCAAGAGCACCAGCAUGAUGCAGAGGAUGGAUCUUUGGACUCAUCUCUUGCUCUUAUUAUUGAUGGCCAAUCGUUGACCUACGCCUUGGAACCCGACCUUGAAGACUUGUUCAUUCAACUAGGAAGCAGAUGUAAAGCAGUGAUUUGUUGCAGAGUGUCGCCGUUGCAGAAAGCGUUGGUGGUGAAGAUGGUGAAACGCAAAAAGAAAGGCUCACUUCUCUUGGCCAUUGGUGAUGGUGCAAAUGAUGUGUCCAUGAUUCAAGCAGCCCAUGUAGGAGUUGGAAUCAGUGGUAUGGAAGGUAUGCAAGCUGCACGGAGUGCAGAUGUCUCCAUUGGUCAGUUCAAGUUCUUGCGAAAGCUCCUCUUGGUUCAUGGAUCAUGGUCGUAUCAGCGGAUUUCAACUGCCAUCUUAUAUUCCUUCUACAAGAACAUUGCCUUGUACAUGACUCAGUUCUGGUUCGUGUUUGCAAAUGCUUUCUCGGGUCAAUCGAUCAUCGAGUCAUGGACAUUGACUUUUUAUAAUGUCUUGUUCACGGUGUUUCCACCCUUUGUCAUUGGUGUGUUUGACCAAUUUGUGAGCGCUAGACUUCUUGACAGGUACCCCCAGUUAUACAAGCUCGGACAGCAGAAGCAUUUUUUCAAUUUUAAAAUCUUUUGGAGUUGGAUCGUGAAUGGAUUUUACCACUCAGCGCUCAUCUUCCUUUGCUCAUUCUUCAUUUUCAAACAUGGAGAUCUGUUACCAGGGGGUCAAGUGGUGAACAAUUGGGCAUGGGGUACCACUGUGUACACAACAUGUUCAUUAACCGCUUUAGGUAAAGCAGGUUUAGUGGUUACUUUGUGGACCAAAUUCACUCUUAUUGCUAUCCCUGGAUCAUUUUUACUUUGGCUUGCCUGGCUCCCAGUGUACUCGAUAGUGGCACCUGCCAUCAAUGUUUCUCAAGAAUAUCGUGGUGUUCUUAAGGCUACAUAUCCAAGUAUAGAUUUUUGGGCGAUGGUAUUUGGUGUGGCAAUUCUUGCUUUGCUCAGGGACUUUGCUUGGAAGUACUUUAAACGGAUGCAUAGUCCUGAAAGUUACCACUUUGUUCAAGAGAUUCAAAAGUACAAUAUUCAAGACUACCGGCCCAGAAUGGAGCAAUUUCAGAAGGCGAUCCGCAAGGUGCGUCAAGUGCAAAGAAUCAAGAAACAAAGAGGGUUUGCCUUCUCGCAAGCUGAAAACCAAGACCAAGAGAAGAUCUUACGAUUGUAUGACACUACAAAGAAGAGAGGAGCGUUUGGAGAACUACAGGAGGCUACAUAG